CCAUGACUCUUGAAUCUUGAUUAGAGUCUGGUGUAAAUAAAAUAGCAAGCAGUUCUACUUUUCAUGGGGAAUAGCAAACCAAGAGAAGGUACAAACUGAAAAUAUGCUUCCCAAAAAACUGAGAUACAUAAUUAAUUACAAUGCCAUAAUUGACAAUGAAGAAAUUUUUUCCACAGCGUUGUUUGAUGAAGGUGAGGUAAUAGAACUGGUCAGAAAGAGGGUAGUAUGUCCCUAGCCUUUAUAGGUAUACCUCAAAGAUAUCAAAUUGUUCAGUUUGUUCUUCACUGUCCUAUCAGAAUAGGCAAGGUCUGCUCAACUGUGAUUCUACUAGCACCAUAGGGGAACCUUUGUUACGUUAUUAGCGAAUUUGAGAAUCACAAUUCCUUUGAGAUAACCAAGAUCAAUAUAUGGGUUUUUUCCUCCUGAGUUAGAAGUAUGUACAUGCACUAAAAGUUUCAAUGCAGAUCUUUGUUCUCUUUAAAUUAUUUCUCAGCAAUGGCUUUACUCCCGGUGGUGUUGUUUCUGGCCACUGUGCUGCUUCCAUCUUUACCUGCUGAAGGCAAGGAUCCAGCUUUUACGGCUUUGUUAACCACCCAAACAUCAGUCCAAAAGGAGAUUGUAAACAAGCACAAUGAACUAAGGAAAGGAGUCUCUCCACCUGCCAGCAACAUGUUGAAGAUGGAAUGGAACAGAGAAGCAAUGACAAAUGCUCAAAAGUGGGCCAACAAGUGCACUUUAGAACACAGUAGUCCAGAGGACCGAAAAACCAGUACGAAAUGUGGUGAGAAUCUCUAUAUGUCAAGUGACCCUACUUCCUGGUCAAAUGCAGUCCAAAGCUGGUAUGAUGAGAGUCAUGAUUUUGUCUAUGGUGUAGGGGCAAAGAGUCCCAAUGUAGCUGUUGGACAUUAUACUCAGGUUGUCUGGUACUCAUCUUUCCGCGUUGGAUGUGGAAUUGCCUUUUGUCCCAAUCAAGAAGAGCUAAAAUACUUCUAUGUUUGCCAUUACUGUCCCGCUGGUAAUAAUGUCAAUCGAAAGCAUACCCCUUACAAGGAAGGAGCGCCUUGUGCCAGCUGUCCUGGAAACUGUGAAAAUGGACUGUGCACCAAUAGCUGUGAGUAUGAAGAUUUCCUUAGUAAUUGCGCAGACCUGAAGAUCAAAGCUGGCUGCGAACAUGAGUUGCUCAAGGAAAAGUGCCAGGCUACUUGCAAAUGUGAAAACAAAAUUUACUAA